AUGAGUGGAUUGAUGGCUGAAAUAGCACGAACGUAUUCAGAGGAGAUGGCAGUGACUGCAGGUGAUGAGAAGGAAGAAGACACCAAUGCCGUGAUUGAGCGAAUAAAUGGCGUGAUUGUGCAGAACAUCAACAAGAAGUUUGCUGCGGAAGAGGAGGAGAAUGCAGACCAAAUCAACCCAAGCAAUCAGCAGUUUCUGAGCAGCAAUCAGCCCGUUUCUAAGACGGAGGCUGCUCCCCUGAACAAUGGCAGAUUUCAAGCGGAAUUCAAGAAGACGAAUGAGCCAUACAAAUUUUAUUACAGUAGGGAGGAAAUAAGUAGGAUGAAUAAGAAGAAUAUAAAUGAGGAGAUUCUUGACAUCUACAUGCGAAGUCUGGUUGCAUUCUCACAGGAUGUGGAUGUUGAGACACUGAACAAACACAUUUAUUACUUGCAGAAUGAUGGACAGUGGGUGGAUGACAAUAAUCAGUGA